GAUGUUCUGGGCACAGAAUUUAGCCCAGGAAAGAAAAAAAAGGUUCAAAUACCGACGAGGAGACUUCGUGAGGUCGUUUCUCCAAACUUAGGAGGUAAUAUGGCUUUGCCUCAAGAGGAUUUGCCCCGAGUUCCUGAUGCUUUGCCAGCACAUAAAGAGCUUCCUGUUAAAACUGGCUUGAAAGAAACAUUACCUGGUUCUUCAGAUUUAACUUCUAGAAAUUAUCAGCAACCUCCAUUAGAAAAUCUCCCUAUAUCAGAAAGUGCUUUUUCUAAAGAUGUUGCAGCACAAGGGUUGCCUUUGUAUAAAAAAGAAGAGAACAACAGACAAAAAGCAGAUGACGUCUUUAUUUCUCAUUAUACCAUGGGACAGAAAGAUGCUCUAAGAUCAAUUUUAAAGCAAAAAGCUCAGAGCAUGCCUGUUUUUAAGAAAGUAAAGGUACAGCUUUUAGAAGAUGCAGUCACAGAAAAGGACAAGGUCAUUCAGGAGUCUAGAACUUCACCCAGUGGGAUUGAUUCAGCUACAACCGUGGCUGCAGCAACUGCUGCUGCCAUUGCAACAGCAGCUCCACUGAUAAAAGUACAGAGUGAUUUGGAAGCAAAAGUAAAUUCUGUAACAGAAUUACUUAAUAAAUUGCAAGAAACUGAUAAACAGUUACAACGUGUUACAGAGCAGCAAACAACCAUUCAGAAUAAACAAGAGAACCUUCAUUGUCAUGAUCAUGAAAAACAAAUGAAUGUGUUUAUGGAACAGCACAUUAAGCAGCUUGAAAAAUUACAGCAACAACAAAUAGAUAUUCAGACUCACUUUAUUAGUGCUGCACUCAAGUCUGGUAGUUUUGAGCCUGCUGCUAUAUCCCCUUCCAGAGUUUUGGAGAAGAAUUCUGUAAAACUAGAAUAUCCUAAUCUUGGUAGCAAUACUGUAUCUUCAUCAAAUGUAUUCACUUUCAAACAAGCACCUUCAGGAGAGGCUGAAAGUGCGGAUUUUGAUAAACAGAGAUCUCCUUUGGAAACGCCAGCACCUCGAAGAUUUGCUCCUAUACCAGUUUCAAGGGAUGGUAAAAUAACAGUGAGGGAAAAUCCCGUGGAAGAAAAAGAAAACAGGGAGAUGUCAAUUCAGAGAGGAGAUGUAAGACUGUUGGAACAAAUUCUAAAUAGUCAAGAUCCCCUUAUAAAACAAAAUGAAACUCCAGACAAAGCUUUACUAACGAUGUCAAAGAUGGGAUGGAAUUGUGAGAGGAAAGACAGAUAUCCUUCCUAUGAAGAGCUUAGAACAGCUAUGACGACUAUACAAAAAUCUGAUGAUGAUGUUUAUGAUCUUGGCCAAAAGAGGAAUGAAACCAAUGGCAUGCUUCAGCCAAAAGAGUCGUUGGUUAUGUCAAGGCUUGCUGAUCUUCCACAAAAUUCACUUAAAGUUCAGACAAUGAAAACAAGAUCCAUAUUGAAAGAAGCUGAAAAGAUUUUGAGAGGCGUACAGAACAAUAAGAAAGUACUUGAAGAAAAUCUAGAAGCAAUUAGUCGUGCAAAAGAUGGAGCUGCUGUGUAUUCUUUUAUCAGUAGUCUGUCAACCGAUGGUGAAAUAUCAGAGAAAAUACGGAUCAGAAAGACAGUAGAUGAUUGGAUUAAAACUAUUUCUGCAGAAAUUCAGGAUGAACUGGCAAGAAAAGAUGAUGAACAGAAGAGAUUUGAUCUGAAGAAUCAGAGGACCAAGAAAACUCCGAAUAUAAGUAAAUAUAUUAAAACCAACACCCAAGACAAAACUAUAAAUAAUUCUGUAAUUCCAAGAAAACCAGGUCAGAAGCAAAAGGAGGAACGUUUUAGAAAUUCAUCCACGAGAGACAUGCCUGCUUCAAACUUACAGAAAGAGAAAAAAAACGCACUUUUGGAAGCAACCACAGUGAAGCAAGGCGAGAAUUAUGUGUCACAAAUUUAUGGAAAACCUAUUUAUCGGGGCCAUCGCAGCACUCUUAAAAAAGGACCAUAUCUCAGGUUUAAUUCUCCUUCUCCUAAGUCCAUACCACAGAGACCAAAAGUGAUAGAACAAGUUAAAGGCACUAAAGUAAAAUCAAUAAGGACACAAACUGACUUUUAUGUGACAAAACCUGUGAAGAUGAAUUCUAAAAUAGAGCAUUCUCUUACUGCCCUGCCUCAGGCCGAUCAGCAGCAGCAGUAUCUGUUUAGUCCAAGCAGAGAAAUGCCUUCUGCUCAUUCAGGUACACUAGAAGGCCAUCUCAUUCCUAUGGCAAUUCUCUUAGGUCAGACCCAGAGUAAUAGUGAUUCCAUACCAGCUGCUGGAGUAAUUAUAAACAAGUCUCACCCUGUAACAGUGACUACAACUAUUCCACCAUCAUCUCAAAAACCAGAAACUGGCAUAAAGAAACCUAACGUAGCAGUUGUAGAGAUGAAAUCAGAAAAGAAAGAUCCUCCUCACCUUACUGUACAGGUUUUACCCAAUGUAGACAUCGACAGUGUUUCCAAUGGUAGUGUUAAUGUCAGCACACCUCUUCCUAGUCCCAAGGAAGUAUCUUCUCCUUUACAAAACUGGAUAAAGACUGCAGAAAUUACAGAUGUUGAUGAAGAAGAGGUGAAGUUUCCAGGAACAAACUUUGAUGAAGUAAUUGAUAUCGUUCAGGAAGAAGAACAAUAUGAUGAAAUUCCAGAAUACUCUGAACCAAUUCUGGAGUUCAGCAAAAAUAUUAAAGUUGAUUCAACAAAAUAUAAUGGUCCUCCGUUUCCACCGGUUGCUUCUGAUUUUCAACCAACUGCUGGUACUCUGGAAAAAGUAAUUGAGAGAAAAGAAACAUUGGAAAAUAGCUUAAUUCAGUGGGUAGAACAAGAAAUAAUGUCAAGAAUUAUCUCUGGGCACUUCCCAGUUCAACAACAAGUCACCCCAAAUGCCAGUGUGUCAGUCAGUGAGGAAAGUGAACCACUGACCCCUCAUGCAGUGGAAGGAGCGAGCAGUCGUGCCCUCCAGCUCUUUGUUGAUGCAGGGGUUCCAUUGAACUCAGACACGAUAGCCCAUUUAGUGACUGAAGCUCUUGCAGAGACCAUAGCCGUCAUGCUGGGUGACCGAGAUGACAAGAAGCCAGGUCUCACUGUGCCACCUGUUCCUGAGGUCAUUGCAGCAAAUGAAAUAUACUUGCCGACAAUUGUGUGUACUCCGGUGGCUACCCCACAGCCUACUCCUCCUCAGUCACCUUCAUCAUUUACUAAGGAGCGUGUGUGGGUAAAAACUCCAGAUUCUUCUCCCGGUGAUUCAGAUCACGAUGAAGCAUUUCUUGUGAAUGAAAUUUAUGUUGAAAAAGGAAAUGAUAUACCUGCUGCCUCCACACUUGUCAAUACACCACCAGUUACACCUGCUGCUACACCUCCUCCAGCAGCAGCUCUUACUCCAACUUUGUCUGAGAUUUCCAUUGAUAAAUUGAAGAUAUCAAGCCCAGAGUUCCCAAAGCCUUGGAGUGAUGGAGACUUGCCUCUCGAGGAAGAGAAUCCUAACUCUCUCAGUGAAGAACCUCUUCACCCGAGAGCUAUUGUAAUGUCUGUGGCCAAGGAUGAAGAACCAGAGAGUCCACAUUUCCCAGCUCCAACUGCACCUCCAGACCCAGUUCCCAUGGCACCCCUUCCUGAUGGUGUGAAGGCACCUCCUUCCACACAUUUGCCAAGUUCGGAGUCAUCAACACUGGAGAGCACCUUGAGCACUACUGUCACAGAAAUGGAAACUUUAGAUAGACCCAUCUCUGAAGGAGAGAUUUUAUUUAACUAUGGUAAAAAUAUGGCUCCCAAGAAUUUAGAAGAUGGGGGGCUAUAUCUGACAAACCUGAAUGAUAGCUUAUCCAGUACUCUACAAGAUGCUCUUGAAAUGGAAGAAGAUCCUCUCAGUGAAGGGCAGAUAAUUAGGAUACCUAAUAAAAAACUUGACGAAGAUACAAUUCUUUCUCUUCUUGCUAAACAAAACCAGGAAUUGUUCUCACAGGAAGCAGCCCUUCAUUCUGAGGACUUGGAAAAUAGUGUGGGUGAAGUUAGUAAAGGACAAAUGCCCAGACUGACUAGAGCAGCAGAGAACAUCCUGAUGGGCCAUUCUGGGCACGUGGAGCAGCCUGUUGCCCAUGAAGAUUCUUUGGAUCCUAAAUGUAACUCCAAACUAUUAUCUCAGCAGUUUUACAAACUUUCAGGACGUGUUUAUGAAGAGUCAUAUGCUAGCGGUGGUGGUCCAACGGCUUUGGGAGAAUUGGAGUUGCAGCCGAGUUCUAACCUUGUUCAUCCCACAACACUUCUGACAGCACGAGAAAAUGUUAAUUUGCUGAUAGCAGCUGGAGAUUUUUCUCAGCACCAACAAAAACAAGACCAGGAUGUUGAACACAAAUGUCAACAAGUUGAGCAUAAACCAGCACAAAGUCAUUUAAUACUUGUUAAAAGUAAAUCUGGUAUUUCACUUUCACAGCAACAAGGUAGUAAAGCCAUACCACUCUUUACUUCUCAUGCAUCACCUGCCAAGAUGUCUGUGACGCUGCCCUCAGCAAACCUGGAGGACUGCUCACGGUCUCCGAGCCUCAGCACAGUUCAGGGUGACACAGACUCCUCCGGAGCAGAUACCUUCUGA